AUGAAUUAAGAUAAUUCUAAAUUAAUAAUUACCCCUUUAGGUGCAGGUAAUGAAGUUGGACGAUCAUGUAUUUUGUUGUAAUACUGUGAAAAAUAAAUAAUGGUAUAAGUAAUUAAUUAUAUAGUUUGAUUGUGGGAUUCAUAUGAAUAAGGAAAACAAAGGUGUAAUGGCAUUGCCAUAUUUUAAUAAAAUAGAUAAAAUAGAAGACAUAGACUUAAUACUAAUAACACACUUUCAUUUGGAUCAUUGUGGUGCUCUUCCUUAUUUUCUAAAGAAUUAUAAAUUUAAGGGAAAAAUAUAUAUGACUACUCCAACAAAAGAGAUUUAUGGUUUAGUAUUGAAAGAUUCAAUAAAAGUAAAAAGUGAAGAUUUCAGUUAAGAUUUAAUAAAUGAAUAAAGCAUAGAAUAAUCAUUAAAAAAUAUAGAUUGUAUAGAUUAUGAUUAGGAAAUAUAUUAUUAAGGAAUUAAAUUAAAAUGUUAUAAUGCUGGACAUGUGUUAGGUGCUGCAAUGUUUAUGGUUGAGAUUGAUGGUGUAAGAGUUCUCUAUACUGGAGAUUAUAGUACGGAAAAAGAAAGGUAAUUUAUAUAAAAAAGAAAUAAGGCAUCUAAGACCAGCAUAAUUACCUCAUGAAAAAAUUCAUGUUUUGAUAGUUGAAGCCACUUAUGGAGACACUUAACAUGAAACUAGAACUAAAAGAGAAGAAAAUUUCUUAAGAGAGAUUGUUUCAACCCUUAAUGGUGGUGGAAAUGUUUUACUACCUGUUUUUGCAACUGGAAGAUGUCAUGAAUUGCUAAUCAUUUUAGAUGAAUAUUGGUCUAAAAAUCCUUAAGUUUAAUAGUUUCCUAUAUACAGUACUUGUACACUGGCUAUCAAAUGCACGCAUAUUUUUUAAAAGCAUUUCAAUAAAUUAGGAAAUAAAUAUCAUAAAGGUGAAAAUCUAUUCAAAUUUAAUCAUAUUAAUACAAAAAAACAUUUGUAAGAUAUUUUAAAUAAUCAAAAACCAAAAGUAGUAAUGGCAAGUCCAGGAUUGUUAUAAUCAGGACAUUCAAAAUAAAUUUAUGAAUAUUGGUGUAAGGAUGAGAAAAAUUAAGUAAUAAUAACAGGUCCAGCUGUAUAAGGAACAAUUGCUCAUUAAUUAAUUCAUAAUCCAGAACCUGAUAUCAAAAUUAGACCUGCAUAAAUAAGUUUCUCUGCACAUGCUGAUUAUCUCUAAACUUCAUCUUUUAUUGAUUCCUUAAGACCAUAACAUGUCAUUUUAGUACAUGGAACUUAACAUAAAUGUAGAGAUUUAUAAAAAAAAAUUGAAAUUAAUUUUAAAGAUAUUGUGGAUAAAGUUUGGGCACCAGAAAAUUAGAAAUAAGUGGAACUUAGUUUUUAAAGAAGCUCAGUUUCUUAGGCUGGAUGUAAAGCUAUUGGAGAAUUAGGAAAUUAAAUAGAAAAUUUUAUUAUUACAUUUUAAGAAAAACAUAAUUAACAUAAAAUUGAUGAAGAAAUUAUUGAAUCAAUGACUGAUUGUGCUUGUUGUACUAAUGAUCUUUAUUUUAAUGGAGUUUUAUUAAAUACUGAACAUGGAUUUAUGUUAGUUGAUGAAACUGAUAAAGAUACUUUAUAACAAUAUGGAAUUGAAUAAAAUUAAAUUUAUAACUAAAUGUACAUUCCUUUAUAAUGUUCACUUGAAUAAGUCUUUAAUUAUGUACAAGAAUUAAAUCCAGAAGCUCAAUUUCAUCCAGAUGAUAGUUUAAUUGUUGUAAAAGAUUUGGAGAUCAGAGUUCCUGUUUCAAGUGUAUUGUUGUAAUUUAAAUGGAUAUCUUCUCCUAAAACUGAUGAUUUAGCUGAUUCAUUAGCAUUUUUUUUAAGUAAUGUUAAUUAAAAUAAACUUAAUGAUGAAGAAUUAUUAAAAGGUACAUAUAAAGUCAUAUGAUAAAAUAGAUAAGCAAAAAGGAUUAAUAUAAGUUCUUUAAAAGACUGAAUUUUAAACUGAAAUUAUUGAAAAUAAACUUCUUGUAAAGAACAAAAAUUCAGUAUUAAUCUAGGUCGAUUUAAAUACAUUAAAUCUCUCUGCUGUUGCUGAAGAAACCUUAGAAAAUAAAAAUACCAUCAAAAGAGCAUAGACAAUUAUUGAAUCAUAUUUGAGUUCCUACUUAUGAUAGUCA